AUGACAUUCAAGCCCUACGUAGAGGGACCAACCCGCCCCAAACAAGUGAUAUCCCUCGGCUUCUACCGAACAGGCUCCCACUCACUAAAAGAAGCCCUCACGAUCCUGGGCUACCGCGACGUCUUUCACUCCUCCGGUAUAAUCAACGACCAUCUAAAAUGGGUCGGUAUGAAUCAAGCAGCCGACGACAACAUUCCCUGCCUCCCAACAUACACAGGGCGAACCUGGUCCCGAGACGACUGGAACCAGUACUUGGGCCCCAGUGAAGCCCUUACAGACGUAACACCCUUCGCCGAAUCAUUACUGAACGCAUUCCCCGAAGCACGAGUAAUCCUCGUCCACCGCGACUUCGAUUCCUGGGUGAAAAGUUUUCAGGAAACGCUCAUCUUACCUACUUCAGAGGGGGUUCUGGCUUGGUUGAGUGGGAAUGUUAUGGAGCCGUUUAUUGGGUUGCAGAUUAGUCGGACGGCGUGGAAGAUGUAUAUGGGAUUGUUAGGGGUUUGUAGGAUGGAUAAGACUCGGGAUCGAGCGAUCAUGUGGGCGGCUUAUCAGCGGCAUUAUGACUAUGUGCGAUGUAGGGUGCCUUCGGAGUGUUUGUUGGAGAUUGAGCUGGAGGAUUUGGAUUGGGGUCCGCUUUGUGCUUUCUUGGGGAAGGAGGUGCCGGAUAAGCCGUUUCCACGUUUAAAUGCUUCAACGGUUUUCAGUCAGCAAAUCCGAGAGCUGCAUGUCAUGACGUUAAAGGCUGGGCUCUGGAAGGCCUUGGGUCCUGCUUUGGGUGUUGGGGUUAUCGUGGCCUGCACGUCCCCAGACCGAUUCGAUCCAGGGUUCAACGGCGGGGAAGCCAUGGUCAUUGAGUCUAAACUCUGA